AUGCAGGGAAAUGGAAGCGAAGAGCCAGAGCAACAAGACGCCGAGAUGGAUAUGGAUGAAGAAACCACAGAGGCGAUGUUGAAAUUGCAGGAAGGAGACGACGGAGAAAACAAUCGGAUACAGCAGAGCGAGGGUGCAGAACCCAAUACGGCGCAAAUUCUCCGACCUACACAGCAAGUCGGAAAAGAGCGAGUAGCGUCAGAUACACAUACACAUACCGUCAAUCAAGCACAGCCCAACGUCAAUAAUCAAAUACCUCAGAAUGGGUGCGAACGGCCUAGUACAGCCCAGAUGCAGACACAAACUGCAGAACCUAGUGCGACGCAAGCCCAGGAUAGGCAUGCAGAGCCUAACACGGCACAGGUCCAAGACGGACCCAGCACCCCGCCACGGCCGCCGCCUGAUCCAGAUACUUCUUCCCCCUUUUCCCCAGAAACAAGAGCCGCGAUCAGACGAGGAAAGCAAAGAGCAGAUCCGGAGCCAAAGGAAGAAGAGGAGGAAGAAGAGGAGGAUAUCUCUUCCAAUUCGGAGGAGGGAAUGAGAGAGGCGCAAAUCUCAAUGGACGAGGAACUGGCACGCCGAAUGCAGGAAGCUGAAUAUGGCGGAAGUUUGGCUCCGAGUAACCAGGGCCAUAUCAGAUUUUACCCCCCGAACUAA